AUGCUCCGUGCGGGAGGCGGGGCCGUGGGAGCGGCCCAGGUGGAGAUGAGCGGGGCGUCACCUGCCCGGGGACCGGAGUCGAGCGUCACCGGCCCGGGGACCGGAGCCCAGCCUCGGGCCGCGCUGCGCGCAGUGAAGGGAAACCGGAGGGAUUCCUUCCAGAAGUGCCCAGAACCUGCUGCCAUUGGCUUCUUGAAAAGCUUGACCUGCUUAGUACUGCGCAUACCCAGUAGAUGUUCUCCUCUCUAUUCUGAACUGUAUGUGUUGCUGAACAAAAUAAGCCGGUGUGGACUGUGGUACUCCUUUCAUUGUCAGAACCUCAACUGUAGCUGUUUCUGCCACUCGGUUAAAGGGUGUCUGUCCUUGCUGGUGACGGUCCAGCACACAGAACGCUAUGUCACCCUCUUUGCCUCGGUCGUCCUCAAAUGUGACUACACCACCUCUGCCCAGCUCCGGGAUGUGGUGGUGACAUGGCGCUUCAAGUCCUUCUGCAAGGACCCCAUCUUUGACUACUACUCUGCCUCAUACCAGGCGGCUUUAUCCUUGGGCCAGGACCCAUCCAAUGACUGCAACGACAGCCAGCGAGAGGUCCGCAUCGUGGCCCAGCGGCGGGGGCAGAAUGAGCCUGUGCUGGGGGUGGAUUACCGCCAGCGAAAGAUCACCAUCCAGAACCGAGCAGAUCUGGUGAUUAAUGAAGUGAUGUGGUGGGACCACGGAGUGUAUUAUUGCACCAUUGAGGCACCAGGGGACACGUCAGGUGACCCGGAUAAGGAGGUGAAGCUCAUCGUCCUGCACUGGCUGACGGUGAUCUUCAUCAUUCUGGGAGCCCUCCUCCUCCUCCUGCUGAUUGGAGUGUGCUGGUGCCAGUGCUGUCCUCAGUAUUGCUGCUGCCACAUCCGCUGCCCCUGCUGUCCUACCCGCUGCUGCUGCCCCGAGGAAGCCCUGGCCCGCCACCACUACAUGAAGCAGGCUCAGGCCUUAGUCCCUCAGAUGAUGGAAAAACCCCUGUACUGGGGGGCGGACAGGAGCUCCCAGGUUUCAUCUUACCCAAUGAACCCGCUGCUGCAGCGAGAUUUGUCUCUGCGGUCCAGCAUCCCACAGAUGCCAAUGACCCAGAUGGCUGCUCAUCCCCCCAUUGCCAACGGUGUCCUAGAGUAUUUGGAGAAGGAGCUGCGGAACCUCAACCUGGCUCAGCCUCUGCCACCUGACCUCAAAGCCAGAUCUGGUCAUCCCUGCAGCAUGCUGUCCUCGCUGGGCUCUGAGAUCGUGGAACGCAGAAUCAUCCACCUGCCCCCACUGGUCAGGGAUCUGCCAUCCUCACGGAGGACCAGCGACUCCCUGCGCCAGGAGUGGCUCACCCAGAUUCCCUCUGGACCCUGGGAUCUGAGGGAGGGGAGAAGGCAGCACUACUACUCUGAUUUCCACCAGGAGCCCCAGGACCAUUGGCCAAAGCCCUGGGCACUGGAGCAAAGGGAGCUGGACCAUUCGAGGAGUGGGAGGCACCGUGGCUCCAGGCUGAACGGCUCACCCAGGCCCUGGUCAGACAGGGACAGCCUCAGUGAUGGCCCCUUGUCCAGCGAGGCCUGUUGGCGGUCCAGCCGCCCCCCUCCCAGGAGCCACUGUCCCGAGAGGCCCCACAGGCCCAGCCCCCGAGAGAGUGCCCAGAGGCACAGGAGACGCAGGCACCGCAGCUACUCCCCUCCACUGCCCUUGCGCCUCAGUUCUUGGAGCUCUGAGGAGGAGAAGGAGAGGCAGCCCCGGAGCUCGGGAACCCGCCACCGCUCACACUCCCCAGACUGGCCUGAGGAGAAGCCACCCAGCUAUCGCUCACUGGAUGUCAUUCCAGGCAAGAAUGGCAGGAAAAAAGGGAGUGUGGAGAGGCGCUCGGUGAGCCUGGGGCAUCCUGCUGAGGGGCGGGCAUGGGCAGAAAGGACCUUCCGUGGCUGACACGGGCCUCCUUAUGUGCCACCACCGAGGGUGCCUCCUUUCUGUUUUGCACAAACUGCCUGGUGGGCUUGGUGAGACACCACUUGUUAGAACUAGUGAGUACAGGGUGCUAGUGCAGAGUACAGGGACGGGCUUGAUGCUUAAAGGGCCUCAUCCUCACUUUCACUUCACAGUCCUGUGAGGCAGGCCAAGCAGGUCUCCUUGUCACAGAUGAGGAUACGAGGCUCAGAAAGACUGAGCAGCUGGUGAGUAGUGGAGCCAGGGGUUGAACACAGGCCUUUAUGGCUAAGGCUUGAAAUGAUGGUGUGUCUUUAACGUUGCCACUUCUCAAAGUUGUGCUGCCAUUGCUCAAAAACAUUCAUGAACUGCCUUUAGAGCCAACUUACAAGCUACCCACGAAAACCUAUUGCUCUAUUUGACUAAAAUCCUAUUCUCUUUGCCUCUCUGAGGUAGUCAGAGGGACAUGUAGCAGGCUCUGAGGGAAGUUCCCAGAGUAGAAGAGUAUUAUAGGAACAAGACGUUUCAUCUCUCACGGGCUUGCAAGAAUACAACUCUCAUUUGGAAGUACAAGCUCUGCUGUGGUUUGUUUAAAAACCAAUCACAUGAAUGGUGUACGCAAAGGAGCAGGCACCUCAGGAGUGACACUGCCGUUCUGCAGGGGCAGAGUCUUGGUGAGAAGUGACCUGUGGAGGAAAGUAGUGAAGGCCAGCAAGUAUUUCUGAAACAAUGGAUAACAAUUGUGUCUUCUUCUCACAGAUGUCCCAUGAGAGAGGCAAAGACCAGUAAUAUGAAAACAGCCAGCCCUUGCUAAGUGGUUCUGAGCUACGGUCUUCUGACCUUAUUUAAUCCUCACAACAACAACCCUGUGAGGUUUAUACUGUUAGCCUCAUUUUACAGAUAAUACUAUUUCUUCCAUGUUACCAGUAAGAAAAUUGCUGCCUGAAAGACAACACAGAACCAGGACAACGACUAUUUACUCAUAUUAGUGACUAAACAUGGUUUAGUCAGUUAUCUUCAUUUUAACAACAACAAAAAAAUGUGACUUAAAAGUUAGUUUUUGGCCUAAAACCCAAAUCCUAUUUCAGUUAUUUUCCUCUCUGUCAGUUAAAUUAUGGGGCUCCUUGUGAGAGAAGGUUAAGAGGGAGGGAGAAAGAGGGUAAUUUUUUCAUACCAAUUAUAUUCUGAUCACUGGGGUAAGCCCUUUCCAACCCUUAUUUUAUUUAGUCCUCACAACAACCCUGUGAGGCUCAGAGAUGUUAAGUAACAUGCCUAAAAUCACAGCCAAUAGGGAGUAAAUCUAGAAUUUGGACAUAGAUAGCCCUUUUAACUCUGUGCCCUUUUCAGUAACUCAUAGAGAGAGAAGACUUUUAUUUAUUUCUGAUUUUCUGGAAAUAUUACAGAUUUCUUUAUCAUCAAGGAGUCACACCAAUAAUUUUACAAAAAAAAAAAAAAACCCCACAAAAUUUAUUGUAAAGUUGCUCCUGAGAGGCAAAGAUUUUGUUCGAGAUAAUUUUAAAAGCCCUUAUUGUGUUAGGUCUCUCAGUGAUCUCUCUCAAAGAGUUAUCACUUCUUCACAUUCCACUUUCCACUCAGUUUCUGACAGUGCCUGAGGCCCUAGGCCAAAGCUUGAUUUGGCAGGUUUGUUGAUUCGAAAGACAGAGUUUUUAGAUUUUUUUUAAUUGUACUUUAGAUGAAGGUUUACAGAACAAAUUAGUUUCUCAUUAAACAGUUAGUACAUAUUGUUUUAUGACAUUGGUUAACAACCCCAUGACCUGUCCACAUUCUCCCUUCUCAGCCUUGGGUUCCCUAUUACCAGCUUUCCUGUCCCCUCCUUACUUCUAGUCCUUGCCCCAGGGCUGGUGUGCCCCUUUAGUCCCAUUUUGUUUUAUGGGCCUGUCUAAUCUUUGGCUGAAGUGUGAACCUCAGGAGUGACCUCAUCACUGAGCCAAAAGGUUAGGGUGGGAAGGGGACACUGUCAGGAAUUCUCCAGUCUCUGUCAGGCCAGCAAGUCUGGUCCAAAAGACACUUUUUUUCCUUUUGUUUGUAACUUGGUAUCUGACUGCCCUCUUUCCUCCUAUCCUGGGUGGGGCUGAAUGCUUUGCAUAUUUGUUACAUUCUUGGCCUCUGAAGUUCUUCAGGCUUGCAGGUAACCUUAAAACUUAUAAUACCAUUGGGCCAGUGGAUGGUGACCUUUGAUUGCAUAUAACUUGAAGGUUCUGUUUAAUCCUUAAGUUGAUAAAAUGCAGCAUGGUUCUUAAAUCAAGCUUUCAGCAAUUACAGUUUCACCAAAAUUUUUAUAGAAUAUUUAUUAAAAAUACUAAAUGUUCAGAGUAACUUCAAACAAAAAAACACUUGAUUCGCAUGGUACUUUCUCUUCAAGAGUAAUGUUUAACAAGGGGUACAAACAAACAAGGACUUUUUCAUGCUGAUGAUCUCAUAGAAACCCAGAACAGGUGAGAACCAUUCUCUGCACCCAGGAGAAAAUGGAAGUUAUGUUGAGGGAUCACCCACCCGAUUCCAGAACAGAGAUCUUCUUACUUCACAUCUGGUGGCCUUCUCACUCUACCAAAGCUACAAUCACAGAAAUACAAGAAGCAAUAACUUUACAUUUUUAACUCCAGUGCUUAGAGACUGAAUGACCUCUGCAUUCCUGCCCUCCUUUGACAAAUUAUGUUUCUUUCCAAUCUGGCCCUAGCUCCCCAAGGCAUUUCUGGUUUGUUCCAAACUUGGCCUAAGCACACCUGUUCUGACUGCAUUCUUUUUUCCCCAAGCUAAACUCGAGUUUUCUAUAGAGUCCCAGGUGUUUUUGUGGUUGUUUGUUUUUGUUUCCUCUUUCUUUAACUCUUUGAUUUAAUUAAAAAAAAAAUUAUAUCACAAUUUUUGCUCUGCUUUCAAUAAAAUGUCUAGUCCUUGAUCAUGUCUAGAUGUUCCUUUAGCAAGCCCUGGACAGGUACUUUUUGCCACAUUUUGUUGCCUUCUUUCAUAUCAUAAAGCAUUCAUCCAUAAUAUCUUGAUUACUUAGUCCAUGAAACUCACUUUGCUGGUAAAUUGGAAACACAUAGAUUUUUUUUAUAGGAAC